GGAUGAUACAGCAGGUGGCGGUAAAUCUCCCAGUGAGUGAACAGACAUUGAACAACAACAGCAAGAAUCUCUGAGGCAGUUGUGACGUCGUAAGAGCUGCGCUAAAGCUCAGUCUGCUGCUUGUUGUGCUGUUGGGAGACUUUUGUGUAGAUGUAGAGGAUUAUUUUUAAAUGAUUAUUAUUCUGUCUGUUUCAGGAGGCACCACUGAGAUUUCAGAACAAACAAAUUAAGAAACUGCUGCACGUAAUGAAAUCGAAUAAAAUCUACUUGACAUGCUACUGAAGAUGGAGUUUGUUAAAGAGGAGUUUAAAGAGGAGAGAGAAGACUUCUCUAUUUCAGAACCAUUUAGCCUGAAGAAUGAAGACACUGAGGAACAAAGAGACCUGAUGAAGCUGAAAGAGGAAAGUGAAGGACUGAAUGAAGUGGAGGAGAAACAUCAGAAUCAAGAACCUGAUAAAUUCAUAACUGGAGAAGAAUCUUAUAGUUGCUCCCAGACUGAAAAGGAAUCUUCACAGAAAACAACUCGAAGAACAGAAACAGACAAUUCUUUCACCUGCCCUCAGUGUGGAAAGAGUUUCGCACAGAAACGAGUGCUUAAAAAGCACAUAGGAACUCACACUGGAGAAAAGCCUUUCACAUGCCAGCUGUGUACAAAAUGUUUCUCAGUAAAAGGAAGUCUUGAAAGGCACAUGAGAAUUCACACUGGAGAGAAGCCUUACAUGUGCCAUCAGUGUGGAACGAGAUUCAGACAUAAAUCAAGUCUUAAUAUCCACAUGAGAACUCACACUGGAGAGAAGCCUUACACGUGCCAUCAGUGUGGCAAGUGUUACAAACAUGAAAAAAGUUAUAAGGAUCAUCUGAGAAUUCACAAUGGAGAGACACCAUAUAUAUGCCUUCAGUGUGGAAAGAGUUUAUCAGACAAAAAUGCCCUUAAUUAUCACAUGAAAAUUCACACUGGAGAGAGGCCUUUCAUGUGCCCUCAGUGUGGGAAGGGUUUCAUCAACAAAUAUUCCCUGAAGUAUCACAUGAGUGCUCACACUGGAGAGAGGCCUUUCACCUGCCAUCAGUGUGAAAAGAGUUUCACGCAUAGAGGAAUUCUGAAAGUCCACUUAAAAACUCACACUGGAGCAAAGCCUUUCAAAUGCCUUCAGUGUGGAAAGAGUUUUGCAAGAAAAACAAAGCUAAGAGCUCAUAUGAAAUGUCAUUCAAGAGAGAAAUGACACCAAUGUUCUAAAGACUGAAAGAGUGAUAUGGUGAUAACUCUCAUUGGAUGAAAAAAAAAAAUGAUUAUUUUGGUCAUACCAGUAUGCCCAUUUAGGAAUACAUAGGAAUGGAGAAAUCAUAACACUAAAUAUGGCAACUGGUGGAAAUACAGUUCAAAGUAUCAAUCAUCAAAAGUAAUUUUCUGUCAGUGUACUUGAGAAUGUCUAUGUGCAUUAGCUGGACCAACCUGGAAUUUUUUAACAUUUUAUUUACAGUUAUUAUAGCUAAAAGAAGAAGAAGAAAAGAGUUUAUUUCUGAUUUGAUUUAUGUUGUGAAAUUAAUCCUAGGCCCAUAUUCACAAAUAAUUUUAUUAUAUCACUAGAAGUUCUCCAAAGAGUUCCAAGCUAAGCAGUUUUGUGAAUAGGUUGUAAGCAAAGACUCUAAGAGCAAGUUUUACAAAGGAAAUCUUAAGGUAAGUGCAAGUGGAGUUGACUUUGUUGAAUGCUAACUUAUUUGUCUGUAGCGAGACUUCAUCUACAGAAAAACAUAUGAAUUGACUGCAGGUGUGGAUCUAGACUUAUAGGGUGGCAUGCAGACUGUGAGGGGUGGCAACACCAAAGCAAGUGCCUAUGCUUGCUCCUUAUAGAUUAAGGUACUAAGCAUCAUUGCAACAAGUACUAGUUCAUUCAUUUGAGUCACUGUCAAAUUACAAAUGCAUCUCCACAGGAACCACGUAAUAACCGUUUCGCUAGCGAUUUGCCAACAUUAAAAUGAGUUUUUUUGCUUUAAUAAAAAAAAGUAACAAAAUGUCUGUCUCCAGAGAAUCAAGACAUGUUCUAUUAAGCACAACAACAAAUUCUAAAUGUUCUUUAGCUUGACAUAGAGAAUUGGCAAUUGGACAAAAUGUCACCACCUUAUGAAGAUAAAAAGGGUUUUUUUAUUGUGGUAAGUGUACCCAUGGUUAUUCUGCUAAUAAAGUCAUUUAGGCUUUGUAACAGCUUUGUAACAGCUAGAAUAAGCCAUUCGAUAGAGCAUUAACACAACGUUAGUUCUUAAUGAAAAUAAACAGAGAAUUGUACUGUGAGUGGCAGUGCUGUGAAACUCAUGACUAUGAAUUGUUAUGCACAGUUGAAGAUUCGGUAACACUUUCUAUGAAGCCCAUAUUUAUAAUGCACUGUAAAGGCAUUAUAAUGCAUUAGUAAUGUUUCAUUAUACACCUUAUAAUAUGUUAUUACUUCUCAUAAAUAAUUGUAACCACAAUUAUAAUACAUUAUACUUACAGUUGUGGCCAAAAGUAUUGGCACCCUUGGUACAUAUGAGCAAAGAAAGCAGAUAAUAAUCAGCAUUGUUUGUCCUUUUGAUCUUUCAUUAAA